GAUAAGAGGAUCGAUGUGCGUACAGAAUAACGCACGAUAAGACCGGUGAGAGAAGGAGAACUGGCUAGCACUAUUCGGCGACUAUAGUUACGUCACUGUCUGGAAAAGCAAUAGUUUAGUCAUUGUAAUCUGCGACGUGCUUAGUGAACAGGUGCGCAUUCAGAGAUGCCAGUGAAGAUCAAUUGGCCUAUGCUGACAGCAGUAGUAUGUCCUAACAUCGGUGGUUUCAUCGGCGGCUACAUCACUCAAAAGAAUAUUAGCUGGUAUGAGACGCUGAAAAAGUCGAAAUGUAUCCCGCCAAAUUGGGUAUUUGCGCCCGUGUGGACCACCCUCUACUGUACAAUGGGCUACUCGUCGUAUCUUGUAUGGCGUGAUGGGGGUGGUUUUGAGGAAGCGGCCGUGCCGCUCGGCGUUUACGGUCUCAAUCUCGCCCUCAACUGGUCGUGGACGCCGUUAUUCUUUGGAGCUCGCAACAUAAAAUGGGCUCUCUACGAGAUUGUGGCGUUGUGGGCCAGCACGGCGGCGGUCGGGAUCGUAUUCUACCACGUCAAUCCUACUGCCGGCUAUCUCAUCAUCCCUUAUGUCGUGUGGAACUCUUUUGCCGCGGCGUUUAAUUACGUUCUCUAUCGGGACAACAAACAGCUUCCCGCUGUUGAGAAAGCGGAGGAAAAGAAGAAUUAAGGACAUUUACAUUUAUAGUAAAACGAAUAGGGAAAGGGGAAAAGAGACACGAAAAUACGGUGAUGUUUGCUUAGAAAGCCAGCUUUUGGUGUCAAAGAAUAUUCCUCACGAGACUAAUGCCAAUGGUGGGCUUUACGAGUACUUUGAAUCGGAGAUUUGAAUGUAUAAAAAUCGAGUAUUCGCACAUAUUUCUGUUAAAAAGAGAUAUUUUAUGAAAAUGUUUAAAAAAAGGAAUAUUGCCGCGAAGCAUUUCUGAAAAUCUAUUGCUUUUUUUACUUUAAUUAUAUUAAUGUAGCAUAUGUAUUGAAUAAAAUACUUUGUAGCAAUUUUUCUUUUUCUUUUUCAUGUGGAGUUAUUUAAAAAAAGGUCGACGUGCGAAAAUACUAAUUAUUCAAAGGCGUUGAAAAACUUUGUAGUCUUGCAUUGACGUAGAUAAGUCUAGCUUAUUGAUUUGUUUUAUUUUCUUAUCUUGAAUGAAAUUGAGUGCCCAUCAUUCACCAUUUUACUUUCGUAUAAUUAUCAUUAUGAACCAUUGCUGGUUCGAUGAAAUGUGCCUUUGCAUUGAACGCACAAUGCCGUUAGUAUACACACAUGUUUAUUGAUCGAUAUACGAAAUAAAUAUUAUUUAUCGACCACGUCGUGUACGUACAUUAUACAGUGUAUCUUAAUUGUACUUAAGCUUUAAUAAAUCAUAUAAAGUAACCUGCGGGAUAGAAUAGGACAGGAUUGUGUGAACAGGAGACUUUCAUUUUCUUCACUACCAUUCCACAUGGAACUGCGAACUCUUCUUUUAAAUCAGUUAGCCUCGGUAAAAUAAUAUAUGUCAGCUGCAAAUUUUAAGAACUCCUGCCUCCGCUUGGAGCUGCUAUCUCUGCAUCAAUCUCGCCUUUUGUACAGAAUAGGGCAGAAUAUAUUACACAAGAGCGAUAUCGAGUACGAUGAUACGGGUGGCUGCUCGGGCGGGAUCUCUUCUAGACGGCUGUCGCCGCCGCAUUUAGCUGCCAUAUUUCACAAGCGCUACGUGGGUUCGGUUGCGUAAAUGUAGCCUUGCUGUUGUAGCACGUACAGUCGCUUCUCUACUGCUUCUUUAUCUAAAAUCGAUGAUAAAUAGUGAUCACUAUGAACAAUAAAAUCGAUUAAAGAUUGUGUUGGCGUAAGAAUCUAAUUCUAUUUUUAAUUAUAUUAAAUAGAUAAAAAAAUAAAUGUUUGUUAUUUAUUACACUGUGUAAAUAGAUACAAUUGAUAAGUUGGCAAAUAAAUAUUAAAUUUAUUUG